GAGGGAGGGAGUGCAGAUUCCAUCACCCCAGACCCUUAAGCCUCUCUGACCCCAGCCAGGCCCAUACUCACAAUCUGUCCCAUUCCCAGGCACCCUCCCAGUUGUUCUGGGAGGUUCAAAGCCUUGGGUCCUGCAUUGGGGGGGGGAGGUGGAGGUAGAGCAGGUGGGCAGGUGGGGAGAGGCAGCAGGUGUGGGUGUGUGUGACACAAGGCUAGGAGGAUGUCUAGAGUGGGAGGUAUUAUGUGCGUGAGCGCCUGUCAUUCUUUGUGUGUGUCUGUGUGUAUGUGUGUGUGUGCCUCCCACAGCUGGUUGCCAUGUGCCCUGGGCUUGAGUGUGAUCCCAUGUGGCUGUGCGAUUGUAUGAUCUUGUCAGAUGUUUACAUGAGGUUGUGUAGGUCCCUGAUUGUCCUGAUGAAGUUGUUUUGACCAUGUAUCUCUGUUCUGUGUGCAACUCCGUGCUUUGAGUGUGUGAUUCUGUAUGAAGUGGCAUGUGACUACCUGAAUAUGUCACAGCUUCACUUUACGGUGGUAUGUCUCUUUGUAAGACUUUAUAACUAAGAACCUCCUGGGACAAGAAUGUGUUAAAAUGGGUUGUGUUGUAUUUUGCGAUUGUGAGACUAUGUGGGUUACGUCGGUGUUUGAUACUGAUUGUGCACUUUCGUGUGGUGAUGUCUGCAGCGGGGUCAGUGAGUGUCUCUGAAAUGACUUACUGUUGCUGCCUCUUGGCUUCCUGGUGCAGAAGACGAUCUUUAGUGCAUGCCACUGCUUCCCCCACACAUUCCACAAAUAGCCAGGAUAGACCCAAGGAGGCACUCUGGUGUCCAUCUGUCCAGCCUGGCUCCCAGGAACAGCACCUGGCUCCUGUGGGGAGGCUUUGCUCAAUGCUGGGUCAGCUCUUUCCCAAAAGUAUUUAGACAUCAUUCUUACAACCGAAGCCCCUUCAACCCCCAACAACCCUCCCAGAAUUUUCACCCAAACCUAGAGGAAAACACACCCUCUUGCCUCCCCUCCAGACCCAGAGAUGGAAGCUCUGCGCCUAGGAGGUGACAUGUGGCCUGCCCUUAUAAGAAUCCCCCCAAACUACUUUGCUAACCCAGGCAUUCUCCCUCUCCCACACUAGGGAGGUAUGUGAGACCAGUACAUCUGUGCCUGUGCGUAUUCCUGGGAUUGGUAGGCAGAUCCAUGUGUUUGUGUGGGUGACUGUGUCACCUUGUGUACAUUUCCAUGUACGUGUGUUUCUCUCUCUCAUUGUGCAGCCUGCCCAAGAACUCCAGCGGAGAAUGGGAGGAGGGAAACUCUCUCCCUGGGGAGGCAAGCAGAGGCCAUGACCUUUGGCCUGAGGAGAGUGAGGUUAAGACUUGAGAAUGGACGGAGGAAAGUUGUAACACCUUGAAAAACUGUUUCCCUGACUCGUCCACCCUGGGGAGGUUUUAGUCCCUAUGCUGAGAAUCCCAGAAAGGGGAACCCUUCCACUCAGCCAGGCCCAGAUGUGCCUCACACCUGGGUGGAUUCUAAAGGUCCAGCUGAGGAGUUCCCGUCGUGGCUCAGUAGUUAUCGAAUCCGACUAGGAACCAUGCCUGAGGUUUCGGGUUUGAUCCCUGGCUUUGCUCAGUGGGUUGAGGAUCCGGCAUUGCUGUGAGCUGUGGUGUAGGUCACAGACGUGGCUCAGAUCCCAAGUUGCUGUGGCUCUGGUGCAGGCUGGGGGCUGCAGCUCCGAUUCAACCCCUAGCCUGGGAACCUCCAUAUGCCGUGGGAGCGGCCCUAGAAAAGACAAGAAAAGACAAAAAAAGACUAAAUAAAUAAAUAAAUAAAGAUCCAGCUGACUAACUCUGCCUAGAACUUUGUUCUCGCCAACAUAGGAUCCUCCAGAGUACGAAAGGCCCCAGGGCCCUCUUUAGUACUGCGUUAAUCAGUGUUUGAUUCUCCUCUUUAGAGAAGAAUCAUCCCCUCCCCACUUGGCUCUUUGAAUCAGGUGAAGGUGGGGAACAAUAUGUAUUGGAAGGUACAGAAAUGGAAGUGUGAAUACCAGCUCUAUAAGACUUUUGCUCUUUGGGUUUUGCCUUUCUCAUCUGGAAAAACCAGAAAUACUACUUCCUACCUACCUGCCUCCCAAGGUAAAGUUCAAAUGUUGACAAGCACUAGGGAUCAUGUUCCACGGGAGCAUCCUUACGGUAGAUAGCUCCACGCAGGACUUGGAAAGUAGAAACAAGAUUACCAGGAGAGCUCUCUUUUCAGGAGCUCUCUUUUCGGAAGGAGGGCUUCCUCCGAGGCACAUGGAGAUUCCCAGGCUAGGAGUCGAAUAGGAGCUGUAGCUGCCAGCCUACACCACAGCUCACAGCAACACUGUAUCCCGCUGAGUGAGGCCAGGGAUUGAACCACCAACCUUAUGGAUCCCAGUCGGGUUCGUUAACCGCUGAGCCACGAAGGGAACGCUGAAGGCUGGCUUAUCAUAAGAUAAGAGAUAAAUGGGGCUGGGAAGAUAAAUGGGGCUGGGAAGCUGACGAUAAGGCACUGGGUGCUCAGAGACUCCACUAUGGCUGAGCUGAAGCCUGAGGGGAGUGAGAGUCGUUGUCCACGGUGCUGAAGCUCGUGAAAGGAAGUGCAGCAGGGCUCUCCAAGUUUCCGAAGUUGAAACUGCCUGUGGGAUUCCUGAGAUUGGACGUGGGGGGUAUGCUUUGGUUCCAGUCAUCCUGGCCUAUCUGGCUGACAGGGAGGAGCACUAAAAUCAUACCUCCUGGGUUGCCCUAGCUGCUUACCUUCCCACUGCCACCUCAGGCUCAAUACAAAUCUAGGAGAAAAAAAUUUGAGCUCCAACUCGCCCCACAUCUACCCCCUCCAGAGUCUUCCCUAAACGACAUGACCUCUUGGCAGUGAGGCGGGCUGGGAAAAGGCAGCGACCAGCGGUGGCACUGUCCAAGGCGGAAGCAAGAAAAGGACCAGAGAAAAUGGGGAGAGAGUUGGAACCUGGCUGGCCAAGGCCUGAGCUCAGAUCCCAGCCGAGAUCUCGAGUCACCUCCCUGUAGCCCGUAAAUAUCGUUCCUGGACUGGCGCGCCCCCGUGUGGUCUUAGAGGAGCCAUGCUUGAGGAGCUCAUUCUAAAGGGAUGUUGCCAAAUUAAGCGGCAAGUCUUCGUGGAGUUCAGAGGUGACUCUCGCCUUAAAAAUGUAGGGUUUUCAGCCAAAAAUACGGGAUCCCAGUCGGAGGAGUGGGGUCCCCUUAGGCUCUCUCAGUAGUGUGAAGACGUUAGUGGGUCCUGGAAUGAUUUACUUUGGGUAUUACCAGAUAGGAAUGAGCCCAGGAAAGGAGUCAGAGCCGGGACUGUAGGUAAGGGGGCUUCUACAAGCAUUUGGCUGACAGCGUUUAUAGGAGAGUGUAACCCGCCAGACCAGGACACAGGGACAUAAAACAAACAGUUACGAGAAAAGGGGAUUCAGCAGAGCCGGAAGACAGAGAUCAGUAGGGGCACAUCCUUGCCAUCCCUUUGCCACCCCAAUAUACUGGUCAGUUCCUCCUCUUCCCUCCUACUCUCGCUCCCAUUGGUCCAGGAAGUAUGCAAGUGUGGGGAGUUGCCAUGACAACUAGGUCCUCUUACCCCUUCACAUCUCCGUGUCGAAAUGGGAGGAGGAGGGGUGUGACAGGCAGAGAAGGAGGUGAAGCAGGGCAAUAAAAGAUAAUGUUCAUUCCCUCUCCUGCUCCUAUUUCAAAACCGUGGGAGCCCCCCAUUCCCCACCAGAAAUUCAGAAGAAACGUUCCCAAAAAGGCUGUGAGGAGAGUCUGUGCUGCCCCUCCCCCGCCCUGCCCCAGGCUGGGAACUUUGCGAGCCGGUGCUUCAGCUGAUGAACCCAGGGAGAGUUCCCCUUGUACGGCCAGGAGAAGGCAGAGGAGAACCGAAUGGAGCUCUGUGGUCUGGAACCCUGGUCCUGUGGGUCCGGCCCUCCCGCACCGCCCACGCGGGGCCCACUCACUUGGGGGCGGAGACCAGACCGCCACGCGCCUUGGGGGCGGAGCUUGGCCACUGUGCUCACUGCUGGACCAUGAACCGAUGCCCCGCAGGUGCCGGAGCCCGUUGGGGCAGGCAGCGCGAUCCCUCUACCAGCUGGUGACUGGGUCACUGUCGCCAGACAGCGUGGAGGAUGAGUUUGAACUGUCCACUGUGUGUCACCGGCCCGAGGGUCUGGAGCAGCUGCAGGAGCAAACCAAGUUCACACGCAAGGAAUUGCAAGUCCUAUACCGGGGCUUCAAAAACGAGUGUCCCAGUGGAAUUGUCAAUGAGGAGAACUUCAAGCAGAUUUACUCCCAAUUCUUUCCUCAAGGAGACUCCAGCACAUAUGCCACUUUUCUCUUCAAUGCCUUUGACACCAACCACGAUGGCUCUGUCAGUUUUGAGGACUUUGUGGCUGGUCUGUCGGUGAUUCUUCGGGGAACCACAGAUGAUAGGCUGAACUGGGCCUUCAACUUGUAUGACCUCAACAAGGACGGCUGCAUCACCAAGGAGGAAAUGCUCGACAUCAUGAAGUCCAUCUAUGACAUGAUGGGCAAGUACACGUAUCCUGCACUCCGGGAGGAGGCCCCGAGGGAACACGUGGAGAGCUUCUUCCAGAAGAUGGACAGAAACAAGGAUGGUGUGGUGACUAUUGAGGAAUUCAUUGAGUCUUGUCAAAAGGACGAGAACAUCAUGAGGUCCAUGCAGCUCUUUGAUAAUGUCAUCUAGCUCCCCAGGAGCGGGGCUCAGUUGUCCUGGGGGGACCAUGGUCUAGCCCUAGUCCAGGUGGAUCUCACCCUUCUCUUCCCAGGUCUGUCCUCAUCCUAGCCCUACCCUGGGGGCUGUUGGAAUCCAAGAGCCUGGGGAUUCAAUGGUCCAGAUUGCUGGAGCUGAGGGGGCCCGGGAGUGGGCAGAGUGUAUCUGUGGGAUGUCCCUCUCAGCAGCGCCCCCUUCCUGCCUGAAGCUCAGUGCUGAGGGUGCACCUGCUAUGGGAAUGGAGUGGUCCUCCCCCUCCUACCCCCACUGGAGAAACCACAACACUAGACAAAAUGUCUCCUGCUAUGGUGCUUCCCCAUCCCUGAUCUCAUAAACAUUUCCCCUAAGACUCCCUUAUCAGAACGGCUCUUCUGUCUUUGGCACAGACUGGGCUUUCAACCAGGGCCUUUGAGAGCUCUGUAGGAGGCGGACAAGAAUGCAGAGGGAGUACUCUUGGGCCUGAGCCAGGGGUGGCUGGGAUAGAGAGUAUAAAGGCCCUGGGAUGGUCCUUGAGAGCAUGCUACCCUGUAGCGCUGAGCUCUUCAGGUCUGCUACCAAGCCAUUAGAACGUGGGUUUGGGGAUGCUUCAGAAGGCCUUGGUUCCUUGGAAAUACCCCCAGAAAAUUUUCCUACACACCUCAGUAUCCCAGGAGAGUCUGGGAUCCUGGUGUUUGGCUCCCCCCUGGAAUUCCUUCCUCUUCUUCCUUCCUGUUGGUAUGCUGAGGUGGUGGCGGCAGCAGCAGGGGGAAGAGGGGUGGGAGCUGUCCUGGCUAAUACCUGCCAAAGUUUUAGCCUACCCUGUCUGGUAGCUACAAGUUUUCAGUUGCCAUGUCCUCUAGACUUGGAGGAAUGGAAUAUGUCAGGGACCACCCAGUGGAUGCCUAAGAAGAGAAAGGCAGGAAGGAGGUAGGCGAAGUAUUUGAACCCAGUGUGGGGGCAUUUAUUAGAAUCUUUGAUCUACCCAGGCUCUAUUCCUGCCCCCCACAUAGCCUCCUCACUUCCCACCUAGUCUCCUCUUGCUCUGUCCAAUCUACCCAGAGUUGCCCUCGAGCACACCUUGAAGGCAGGGACCAUAGGACCCGGGUCCCACCUCACCGUCAGCACCCCUGCCAUGCUGCCACCCCUUAAUAUAUCUGCUUGUCCCAUUUAGCUCACUCUCUCAGUCAGCUGUGAUCUGAGGGGGGGGGCACCCCCAGAGAGCCCCCUUUCCCAUCAGAACACUAUUGACUGCUUUGCAUUUUUGGUUCCUCUGUAUAUUUUGUAAUUAAGAAAUACACCAGAUCCAAUAAAACACAAUGGCUAUGCACAG